AUGUCCUACAACGGCGUCGGACUGUCGACCCCGCGCGGGUCCGGCACAUCAGGUCACAUCCAGGCAAACCGCUCUCACCUGCGACCGCGCCAACAACCGCGCGAAGCCGCGCCCGACUUCAAAGACUCGUUCGCCCACCGUCCGCCCGACCAAGGCAUCCUCGAUCACGAGCGCAAGCGGCGCGUCGAGGCGCAGUGUUUCGAGUUGCAGGUCUCGCUCGAAGACGACGGCGUCGAGGCGGACGAGAUCGAGCGCCAGGUGUCGACUUUGAGGGAGAAGUUGCUUGCCCAGUCGGAGAGGCAGCAGCAGCAGGGGCCGAUCAAGCAGCAUGAGCGCCACCAGCUUGCGGCGGCGAAGGAGCAGGCGGACGCACGUAUGCGAGCUGCGCUCGGGAUCAAAGCGGACCACCAGGAGGGCGCGGCGUUCGACCGCGAGUUGCAGGAGCAGCUCAAGCAGCAGCGGAUUGCCGAGCGCGAGCAGGCGAGGGAGGAGCGCGCGCGGAUCCAGAAGCUGCUCGAGGCGGACAGGGAGAAGGCCCAGCGCGAGCGGGACGCUCAGGGCAAGCGACACGAGGAGGACAUGGCCCGUGAGCGGAGGCGCCAGCAGGACGAGCUGGACCGCUCGAGGCGCGAGCAUGCGGACCGGAUGAAGGCUGCGACAGCGGGUGCGGGUGCGGGUGCAGGCGCGGCUGCAGGCGCGGCUGCAGGCGAGGGAGGCGCAAGCCGUUGGCGCGACUUUGACGGCGAAGGCGCACGAGACUCCGGUCGCCCUUCCGCUCGCCUUCCCUACGGUAAUUCGACCCGCUCUCCCUCUCCCCCUCCUCGGCGCCGCGACUCUCGCUCUCCUCGCCGCUCCCGCUACGACGACGACGACGCCCCUUCGUCUCGUCGCUCCCGCUCUCCUCCUCCUCGUCGUCGCUACACCCGCUCGCCCUCCCCUCGUCCCCCCCCCCGCCGCGACCUCCGCCGCUAUUCCCCCUCGCCUUCUCGCUCGCCCUCGCCCCGCCGCCGUCGCCGCGAUGACUCCUACUCGGACCGUAGUCGCAGCAGGAGUCGUAGUCGCUCACCCCCGCGCAGGAGGGCGAGGAGGGACAGUCCCUCGCGGAGCAGGUCGCCGAGUCGCUCGAGGUCGCCUGUUCGUAGUAUGAGGAGGGGAGACAGUCGUGGACGUAGCAGGAGCAGGAGCAUGAGCAUGUCGAGGAGUCCGUCGCCGCCACCGAGGAGGAGGGACGACUGA